AUGUCGAGACAUUCAUCACGCAAGUGUUCAUUGGCCAUCGAAUCACCAAUAGACGAUUCCUGUAACAAUCCAUUAAAUGCAUUUUUAAUCUACAGUGGGAAAACAGACACCCACAGUAAUAAUAAUAAUGGUGCUGACGAUGAAAUGGCUACCACCGAUGAAUCAAUGUCACCACUAGCAUCAUCAACAUUCUUAUCUCCCAUGACACCACCAGGCUCAAGAAAUACAACUCAAUUAAGUAAUCAACAAUUGACUAAACCUCUUCGUUGUCAUCGUCGUCCUUCUAUGAUCAAGUGCACUUCAUUACCUGAAUUAACAGCCAUGUCCACUCACACAGUUACUACUUCUCCUCCACUCAGUAGUCUUAUCACUAAUUCCACCACUCAUGCAAUAUUAGGCAAUCGACGAAUUUCAAUUUGCGAUUUAGAUAAUUUUACGGGGGAGAUUGAUUAUGUCAAACAACAACAACACGAACAACAUCAACAACAAUUACAAAGUCCUGAUAUUGCAAAUUUCAUGUAUUGUAAUUUAUCAACUAGUGAUAUUGAUAAGACCCCUCGUAAGUUUUCAUUCCAUCAUCGUCCCAAAACUGCCCCAGGAAUGAUGAUUGGGGGUAGUGAUGAGACACCCCAGAACCACGAUCAUGAGGACAAUGAACAUGAAUAUGGACCUAAACAACAAGAACAGGAGUCCAUGGAAAUAGACAAGGAAAAAGAAGAGGUGGCAACUCAAAACACUCAAUUACCACAUCAUUAUAUUGAAAAUUUGGCUAGUUUCCAAUUCCGAAAUCAUAAACGAAGAAACUCAACAGCUUUGAAAUUUGAAGAACCAAAAAUAUUGUGA